AUGGAAGAAAAAAAAAUAGUACGUUCAAUUCGUAACAUCAAUUACAAAAAUGAUACAAAGGACAAACGAAAUGUAUUAGAUGUUUAUUAUUCAAGUAAAGAUUCACUACGAGAUGUUCUUAUAUUUGUUCAUGGUGGUAAAUGGAAAAGUGGUCAUAAAAAUAGAUAUAAAUAUCUUGGACGAAAUUUUGUUCGUAAAGGUUUAGUCACUGUAAUUAUUAAUUACAGUUUAGCAUCUAAUCAAAUAGAGAGAAUGGCUCAAGAUUGUACUGCAGCUGUCAUAUGGGUAUAUCAAUAUAUAUCUAAUUAUGGUGGUGAUCCAAAUCGAAUAUUUCUUAUGGGUCAUUCAAGCGGAGGACAUUUAAUAGAAUUUAUUAAUUCGAAUACUCGAUUCUUCAAUCAAUAUAAUAUUAAAAAUCCAAUUUAUGGUAUUAUUUUACUCGAUGCAUUUGGACUUGAUAUGUAUGAAUAUUUAGAUCAAGCAACAUCGAAAAAUAAUAAAGAUUAUGAUACAUUUAUACAAGUGUUUUCUAACGAUCGACAAAAAUGGUUUGAAAUAUGA